AUGGCAUCAAAACGUAAGGCUGCCUCUAUGGCACCUACUGUGGAAGAGCCGGUAGACCCAGCUGAUGAGCUCAUAUUCACGAAUCUUGGUGGUGGUAAUGAGGUCGGAAGAUCUUGCCAUAUCAUUCAAUACAAGGGUAAAACCGUCAUGCUCGAUGCUGGUCUGCAUGCUGGCUACGACGGCUUAGCAGCUCUACCUUUCUACGACGAUUUUGACUUGAGUACUGUCGAUUUACUUCUGAUCAGCCAUUUUCACGUCGACCAUGCCGCUUCGUUACCAUACGUCCUUGCGAAGACUAAUUUCAAGGGCCGUGUCUUCAUGACACAUCCCACCAAGGCUAUUUACAAAUGGCUCAUCAUAGACAGUGUAAGAGUUGGAGGAGCUUCCUCGAAUGGAGGCUCACACCCAGUCUAUACCGAAGCCGACCAUCUCACUACGUUUGCUCAAAUCGAAGCCAUAGAUUAUCAUACUACACAUACAAUAUCUUCCAUAAGAGUCACGCCAUACCCAGCUGGCCAUGUACUUGGUGCUGCCAUGUUUCUCAUUGAGAUCGCUGGACUCAAGAUUUUCUUCACUGGAGAUUAUUCUCGGGAAGACGAUCGACAUCUUGUCUCUGCCGAAGUCCCCAAAGGAGUGAAGAUUGAUGUUCUGAUUACUGAAUCUACUUAUGGUAUAGCAUCACAUGUUCCCCGGAUGGAACGAGAGCAAGCCCUCAUGAAAUCUAUCACUAGUAUCCUGAAUCGCGGGGGUCGCGUCCUCAUGCCAGUCUUUGCACUCGGUAGAGCCCAAGAACUUCUUUUGAUUCUAGAUGAAUACUGGGGUAAACAUCAGGAGUUUCAGAAGAUUCCUAUUUACUAUGCUAGUAACUUAGCCCGCAAAUGUAUGUUGGUAUACCAGACAUACGUUGGAUCGAUGAACGAAAAUAUCAAACGGCUAUUCAGAGAACGUAUGGCCGAAGCCGAAGCGAACUCAACUAGCGGAGGUAGAGGUGGACCAUGGGAUUUCAAGUACAUUCGUUCAUUAAAGAAUCUCGAUCGAUUCGACGACGUGGGAGGUUGUGUCAUUUUAGCAAGUCCUGGUAUGCUACAGAAUGGUAUCAGUCGACAAUUACUAGAACGAUGGGCACCAAGUGAUAAAAAUGGUGUUAUUAUUACUGGUUAUAGUGUCGAAGGUACUAUGGCGAAGCAAAUCAUGCAGGAACCCGAUCACAUCCAAGCAAUCAUGUCCGGACCACAGGGGUUCACUCGAAGAUCAGCACCUGGAGAAACAGAGAAAGCCAUGAUACCCAGAAGAUGUAGCGUUCAAGAAUUCUCUUUCGCAGCCCAUGUUGAUGGUGUUGAGAAUCGAGAAUUCAUCGAGGAAAUCGCUGCUCCCGUUGUGAUCCUCGUUCACGGCGAACAACACAAUAUGAUGCGUCUAAAGUCCAAACUUCUUUCCCUCAAUGCCGACAAAACCACCAAAGUGAAAGUUUUCUCUCCCAAAAAUUGCGAACCAUUACGCAUCCCCUUCAUGACCUCCAAAACCGCCAAAGUCGUCGGAAAACUUGCAAAUAAUCCUCCACUCCCCGAUUCCACUCAAAUCAUCACGGGUGUUCUGGUUCAAAAUGAUUUUAAAAUGUCGUUGAUGGCCCCAGAAGAUUUGAGAGAAUAUGCGGGACUAACUACCACUACCAUCACCUGUAAACAACGCAUGACACUCAGUGCGGCGGGGAUCGACCUUAUACGAUGGGCGCUGGAGGGUACGUUUGGAAAAAUUGAUGAAUUGCCUGAGAGUAGAGGGCAACAGAAACAUUCAAAUGGAAACGGGGAUACACAUAUGAAUGGAUCAUCUGACGAAGCAGCUGAUGAGGAAAUCGCCAAUACCAAUGCCCUAACGGCAUAUUUGGUUAUGGGAUGUGUGACGGUGAGAUAUAGAAGUAAUGGGGAGGUAGAAUUGGAAUGGGAAGGCAAUAUGCUGAAUGAUGGAAUUGCGGAUGCUAUUAUGGCGGUGCUUUACUCGGUGGAAAGUAGUCCAGCCGCUGUUAAACAAUCUGCAAGCAAAUCCCCACACUCACAUUUCCACACCCACACCGAAACCCGCAACCUCCACGCUAACCUAACCCCCACCGAGCGCCUCGAACGCCUCUUCAUGUUCCUGGAAGCGCAAUUUGGCGCCGACAAUCUAACUCCAAUCGCCAUUCCGCGCCUCUCCACCUCCACCAGCAAACCCUCCCUCACAUCCUCAUCCUCAUCCAUCUCCCCACCCCCCAAAAACGAACCAACAGAAGAAAUCUCCACCUCCACCUCCAACACACAAGCCCAACAAGAAAACCAAGCAAAAGAAAUCCUCCGCUUACAUAAACUAGGCAUCCCAGUCCCAGGCAUCGAAAUCACCGUCGACAAAAUGAACGCGAAAGUAUGGCUUGAAGAUCUAGAGGUAGAGUGUGCGAAUCGGGUUUUUGGGGAGAGGGUUAGGGCUGUGGUGGAGAGGGCUGUGGAGGUUACGGCGCCGUUGUGGGGGUAG